UGGAUGGACAAACAAUUGCAAACAAGGUGGUUAAUCAAACUCAAAAAGCCAUUCACACUCAGCUCCUCUGCCCUAUCUACACUGCCACCUGUAGGGGUCAGUAGCGCUCAUUAAGCGCGCUGAAUCCUGCAGUGAAGAAGAAGAAGGGCCACAUUGCGCAGGCGUACACCACGUACACCGAUGAUCAGAGCUGUCUUGAUGCUAGCUGGCUUGCUAAUAACGGUCUGUCAAGUCGCACACAUUGGGCUACAAGGGGGAAGCGCAGCGGUGGAGAAGAAGGGCGACCCAAGCGCCGCUACGAAAUGGCCGGGCAACAGUUCCAGUACGAUGACAGCGGCAAUACAUUUUUCUAUUUCCUCACGUCCUUCGUCGGACUUAUUGUGAUCCCAGCCACAUAUUACCUCUGGCCCCGGGAUCAGAAUGCUGAACAACUGCGUCUGAAGAGCCUGAGGAGGGUCCAUGGCAGGUGUCUGUGGUACCGGCUCAGGCUGAUGAAGUCACAGCAAAGUAUAGUCCCAACACUAAAGAAAGCAGCCUUGUUAUUUGGCUGGGUCGUGUUCCUGCUUCUAGCCUACAAGGUGUCCAAGCUGGACAGAGAGUACCAGGAGUAUAACCCAUAUGAAGUCCUCAACUUGGACCCGGGUGCAUCACUGACAGAAAUCAAGAAGCAAUACCGCCUACUGUCACUCCAGUUCCAUCCUGACAUGCCUCGUGGUAGUGAGGCCAUGUUCAUGAAAAUUGCCAAAGCCUACGCUGCUCUGACCAACGAGCAGUCACGAUUGAACUGGGAAAACUACGGUAACCCAGAUGGUCCAGGAGCAACCAGCUUUGGUAUCGCCUUGCCUGCCUGGAUUGUUGACCAGAAGAACUCAAUGCUGGUUCUGUUGGUAUAUGGACUAGCCUUCAUGGUGAUCCUGCCUGUUGUUGUGGGCACAUGGUGGUACCGCUCCAUCCGAUACAGCGGGGACCAGAUCCUCAUCAACACCACGCAGCUCUUCAUGCAUUUCAUGUACAAGACGCCCAACAUGAACAUGAAGCGGUUAGCCAUGGUGUUGACAGCAGCGUUUGAGUUCGACCCUCGCAGCAAUAAAGAAGCCACAAUACGACCAACAGACAACAUCGAAGUGCCACAGUUGAUCCGUGAGUUGGGAAAUAUCAACGUGAAGAAGAAGGAGCCUCCUUUCUGCUAUCCGUACAGUUUGAAGGCCAGGGUAUUAGUGUUGGCUCACCUGGCACGCAUGGACGUAUCAGAGGAGCUGGAGGAAGAUCAGAGGUUUGUGACGAGGAAGAGUCCAGCUCUCCUCCAGGAGAUGAUUAACGUGGGCUGUCAGCUUACCAUGAUGGCCAACAGCAGAGGAGGUUUCCACGCUCCUCGGCUGGUGACCAUAGAGAACUGUAUGAAGCUGACCCAGAUGAUAGUGCAGGGUCUGCAGGAGUCAAAGUCUCCACUGCUGCAGCUGCCCCACUUUGAGGAGGAGCACCUCCGCUACUGCAUCUCUAAGAAGUAUAAAGUUCGGAGCCUCCAGGACCUGGUGAGUCUCAAGGACUCGGACAGAAGAAGCAUGCUGCGUUUCUUGGGGGAGGAGAAGUACGAUGAGGUCAUGGCUGUGCUGGGCAGCUUCCCUCACAUCACCAUGGACACCAAACUGCAGGUCCUUGAUGAUGAAGACAGCAAUAACAUCACAGCAGGCUCUAUCGUCACAGUAACCGUCACCUUAACCAGAAAAUGCAUGUCGGAGGUGUUUGAAAAGGAGCAGGAGUCAACACCGUGUCUAGCAGAUGAGGCUACAGCUACAGAGGAAACAGGAGACUCGAGUAAAACCAAAACAAAAGUGUGGCAGAACAAGAGUAAAGGGGCUAAGAAGACAGCAAAGUCCAAGAAGAAAAAAUUAACCAAGAAGAAGGCCACUCCAGCUCCUGCUAAAACCAAGCAGGCCAAUGGCAACGUGGCAGGAAACGAAGUCGUUGUAGCAGCAGCAGCAGCGAAAGAGGAAGAGGAUGACGCUUCAGACAAGGGCAGCGAAUCAGACGACGGCGAAGCCAACAAGGACUCUCCGAGCGAGAGAGACGAAGACAGCGACAAACAAAGCGACACAGAGGUGGACGAGAUGGGUGGCGACGAUGAAGAGGAGUGGGAGGCGUUGCAGCAAAGCAUCCAGCGGCGAGAGCGGGCCCUGCUGGAGACCAAGUCAAAGGUGACGCACCCCGCCUACAGCCUCUACUUCCCCGAGGAGAAGCAGGAGUGGUGGUGGCUCUACAUCGCCGACCGCCGAGAUCAGACCCUCGUCUCCAUGCCCUACCACGUCUGCACGCUAAAAGACACAGAAGAGGUGGAGCUGAAGUUUCCAGCCCCCUCCAAAACAGGAAACUACCAAUAUUCUGUCAUCCUUCGUUCUGAUUCCUUCCUGGGAUUGGACCAGAUCAAACCACUCAAGCUGGAGGUCCACGAGGCCAAGGCCAUGCUGGACAACCACCCACAGUGGGACAUCCCCGACACGGAGGAGGAGGACGAGGAGCAGGAGGACAGCGACGGCAUCGAGGAGAGCGAAGACGACGACGAGGACAACGACUGAACGCGGAGAUGCACGCGCGCUCGGCCCCGCCCCCCUCCCACGGCCUCCCACUCCCGACCCCACAACAGCACUCGAGAGCAGAGAGAACGAGGAGCAGCAAAGCUGUGACCGCCACACACGACAAAACACACACAGAAUCACGGGGGACACUUUCUACACACAGAGCCCUCCUUCUUGUCCUCCAUUUUAUCUUUACAUGGACUGUGACCCCCGCCCCUCCAUUCCCCCCCUCCCCCUUUUCUACAGAGACUUGUUCAUUCACUUUCCGCUGCCGGCGGAAGAGAAUUCUGUGAAUACUUUACCCAGGCCCGUGUGAGUGUGUGUGUGUGUACGCGAGAGUGUGAGUGGACGUGGGCGUGUGUGUUUGUAACAUCGUAUGUGUUUGUACAGGUAUGAAAGAUAGACACACUGUGGACUGGAGGACCUAUUAUCUGGGCUCUUUUCUUCUUUUCUUGAGGGGGAGAGGGGGAUGUAUAACAGCUAACUCGGUUUGCAAAAUUAACAAAAACACAUGACCUCCGUACGGGAAUCAUGACAUCGCUCUCGCUCCUAAUUUUAAAAAAAUCACUCGGCACCGAUGUUUUCCACACCAAUGAUACUUUCUAUUGUACACUUAAACCUGCAGAAGUGUGAGCUUUAGCCCGGUUCGUCUGGGAUCUCAUCAUCCAUUGGGACGUUUGCUCCUUUCAGCACACGGGGGCACAGUUGAGUCUCGUCAGGCUUCUUUUUCUUCUUUCAUUUUAUUUUCCGCUGUCAAACCAGCCAGUCACUUGUAUGUACUUGUACUCACUGUAUGUUUAAGGAGACGUCUACAGAUAGACUCUGAUCUCCAGUCAGUUCCGUUAAUCCCGUUCCUGUGAUCCACAUCAAACUGUAUUUUUCUGAACUGUUGGUUGAAAGCAGGUGGAUCUUGAAAUGAAUUGACCUCAAGUAUAAUGGGGGGAAAAUGGCAAAACUUGCAGUGUUAAGAUUUGUUUGAAUUAUUGAGUACUCUUUGUGUCCAUAUACUACAUUCAAGUUGUGACCUUUCAGUCUUUUUAAGGGGCUCAGAUACUGAUAUAUAUAGAUAUAUACAUACUUGUGGCUUUUCAGAGAAGUGACUUCCUUUCUCUUCAUUGUUUUUUUGUUUUUUUCCUUUUACAAUUGUAGCACAUUCCAGUGUAUACUCAUUGUCCGAAAGGCCUUAUGAAUACAACUGAAAUACCACAACACACAAGUCCUGGGGUGCUAUGCACCAGCGCUUCUUGGGAGAGCAGAAAAAAAGUUUAUUUUGUGUUUUGUAACAGUGUUUUUCUUUUGUUUUAAUUAAGUAUUUUCAUAGUAGCCUAGAGCUCCUCAGUCUUGGAAUACAUAUCACUGAUCUUGCCAUGAAAAAGUGCAGUUUUGUCUGCUGGAAGAGGAUUAGCAGUCGUACGUGACAUGUGACCGGCCCUGUGUUGAAGGGUUUGCAGUGUGGGGUCACUGACAUGGGCAGCACUCAUGAUCUGAAAAGUGUCUCGAACAAAAACCUAUUGAGAGUAACUUCUAGUGUCAGGGUGUGUUCACACCAAACGCAAAGCAAAUGUUCUCCUGAACGCAAGGAAGUGAGAAGAGGCGGGAUUGGCGCCGGGAUGGGAAUGACGCAAAAAAGAAAGUAGAAAUUUGUGUGAUGCUGCGUCGCAAAAGCCUAUCAGACUUGUGAUUCUCCAAAGCACUGAUCGCGCCAGACUCCAUUCACAAAACAAGCAUUUUAAAAGGUGUUUGUCAGAUCUGUCCGCAAGAUGUCAAGCAAAGCAUGAAUUUAGACUUUUUACAGAUCUGCAUCAUGAUGUAGUCUAUUCAGUAUACUUUUCAUCCAUUUAUUGCAAUUAAGUCACAACAAAAUUGGUUUAUUUUGGCUUCAUACUGCUGUUGCGGCAGUCUUCCAGACACAAUUCCUGGAGAAGGCGGUGAAAUUGCCUGAGCCCUAUGUACCUCCAAAUGAUGAUAUGAACACAGACGCAACAACAUUUUGGUUUUUUGACUUAUCUGGGACCUCCACAACUGGUACAAAGCAGCAGUAGGGGUUAUUUCAACCAUAGUUGAUAGACAAAAAGAACAUUGUUGGUAUAUACACCAACACAUCUUGCGUGAGUAAGUGAAUAAACAUGAAAUGAUGCCAAUAUCAGCGGUCAAACCUGUGUGAGCAACAUGAGUUGAAAAUUGGCUCCAUGUUUGCUUCUGUCCAGCACCUUUAGGCAUUACAGCAGGACAAACUCUUUUCGAAGUGUAACUGCCAUUUCAGACAAAAGGUUUUUCCCCCCAGAUCUAGAAUAUUUUUGUUUUUAAAUGUUUCUGUCUGAGGAGUACAGAGCAGUUCUGGCUAACCAAGAGAACCAACUUUCAUUUAAGAUUUGUUGUUUGUACCUCUCACUUCAGUUGUAGUUAUAACAAAUGUAACACAUUGUCUUGUUUUGUUCCCAUCUAACCCUUUUUUUCCCCUUUUCUUUUUACAUCUGUUGGACUCGAGUGCAUAAAAAAAAAUGAAGCAGAAAAUCAGAGCUUCCUUGUGUAGCUCUGGGCUCUCACUGUAUGUCGACGACUUGACAGUGUUUAUAAGAAAUGACUAAUCUUUCACCAUGAAUAUCCAUACUGAACAGUUCUGGGAUUUUUUUUUUUUUUUACACUACUGUGUAAUGUUAGUGUGGGAGAGAUAAAGGUUUCUGUGAGCACGCUCUCCUGAAACGACAUACACACUCACAAACUCACAUGCGCGCACUAUACCCUCGAGUAAUUGAAAGCAGGUUUUGCUAACAGGUAAUAUUGUACUCUGAGUAUUUAUCGCUCUGCAAUAGAAUGUAGCAUCAGUGAUUUACGCUGUGUGGAAAAAAAACUGCAGUGAGGUUAAAUACGACACCAUCUCUCCCAUGACAGAUCUUGUCCAGGCGACUGGCCGGCAGGCCGCCUCAGUUUGGACAAACUACCCAAUGACUCUCUAUCUGCCACUUUUGUUUACAAAGGAACUGUCAUUGUAAAUGGAAAAAUAUAUUAUUUGUAUUUAAAAUCAUUUCAAUAAAAACUUUUAAAUGA